UUGUUGGCAACACAAAUUGUUUAGUCGCUCAAAGACAUACUCACACACAUACACACAGCGUACGGCACUAUUGGAAUAUAAUUUAUUAAUUGUGUGAUUAGCUUGGGACAGUAAACGGCUUCAAGAUGUCUGCAGAAGUGGAGGAGAUGCUGAAACGUUUUCAGAACGUUAAGAACAUCAUUGGCAUUGUUGUUGCCGACUACGAUGGCAUUCCCAUCAAGACCACAUUGGAGAACGUGCAAUCGGUUCACUUGGCAUGUCACAUGCAUUUGUUAACGGAGAAGGCGCGUCAGGUGAUACUGGAUCUGGAUGCCACCAAUGAAUUCGUGUCUAUGCGCAUGCGCACUAGCUACUUUGAGAUCAUACUGAUGCCCUCCGAUAACUAUUUCAUAGUCGUCCUUCAGAAUCCCAGCGAUUAGAAGAUGGCUUAUUCGUUGUAAAUUGUUAUUGUUAUAACUUGUUCAUUAAAGACAUUUCUCU